GGGGUUUCCCAAUGCAGAAGUGUAUUAUGCUGAAACACUUGUCCAAAGAGGCAGAGGACACGUCUCUGGAUUCUCAGUCUCCUCCAGCCAAACGACCCUGUCCUGGUCUGCAGCAGGAGAAACAGACAGGGAGAGUAAAGAAAACCCGUCCUGUUCCGCAGGUUCCGUGGAACCCUGAUGUCGACCUGUGUUGGCUCAGUCUGACACGAGGAGCUUCAGACGAGUGCGAACCCGAGUGGUGCGAUUCUGAAGAUCCUCUAUUCAUCCUCUACACGAGCGGCUCCACCGGCAAACCCAAGGGAGUCCUUCACACAGUCAGCGGCUACAUGCUCUACACCGCCACCACCUUUAAGCUGGUGUUCGACUACCAGCCCGAUGAUGUUUACUGGUGCACGGCGGACAUCGGCUGGAUCACCGGACACUCCUACAUCACCUACGGCCCUCUGGCCAACGGCGCCACCAGUGUGCUGGUGAGUAAAAGCCCACGGACUGCGGGACGACAUAACUUCCUGUUUUUACAAACUGCAGCCAACUUGGCC